AUGAACAUGCAUGUAGCUUCUUGGCUUCUUGGGUGUGUUGCUUCGUGGUCCCACGAGCCUUUGAUCUCCAUCAUGGCAUGGAAUGGCACUGACUUUGUCAAGGAGCUAGGGGACAUCGAGAAGCUGCUUGCUUUCAACCCAAACCAGGGCCUGCAGGAGGGGCUGGUCAAGGCUCUGUUGACAAAGUGUGAUCACAGCCAGCUGACUGCUGGCGACUAUUGUGCCAUGCUUGAGAAGGUUGACCACAGCACCUUGACAGAUGAGCUGAAGACCAUAUUGAAGGAUUCGCUUUUGCUUCGUGCAUCCACAGGUACGACAAACGAAGGUGGGUCUGCCAUUGUGAAGACACCACAGACCUUGGUCAAUCUCCCCGCCUAUUUGACCAAGGCUGAGAUGAUGGAUGUAAUGCAAGGAAACUUGUAUGACGUUCCCCAUAUCAUCAUCAGAAGGUUGUCUGCCCUCGGUGUGAAGUCUCUCAAAGAAACAACGAAGCGGGCCGCCGUCGCAUUAAUCGUACAGUCCAUCAUGUGGCACGGGAAAAGCAAACCCAGUGCCGACGAAAUAUAUGGUCUGGCACAACAGUUCGGCCUCUUGUUCGCUGCCCACAAGCCCUCGGGCUGCAUGGUUUCGGGCUUGAAGAAGUACCCACCCCUCCCUACAGACCUGGACAAAGAUUGGCUGUCCAGAGCCUAUCCCAAAGACCCACCUUCGAUGGUAGAUCUCCCACAGCUUUUCGAGCUAGGAGCCCAGUGCCCGAUGCGAUCCACCAGCAAGCUCCUUUCCAGUUGCUCGAAAAAGAAGCUUCAACCCUUGGUGGACAAGGUUGAGGACCGACUCCUCGAGUUGUUCAAAAGCUUGUUGGGUGGCAACUGGCAGGCCGCCCUGCAGGGUGGCAAAGAAAGCUCGAGCAGUGGUGCCAAGAUCACUUUCUUUGACCAUGUGAAGGAUGGCAACCAUGGGCCAGGCGACGGCAUGCAGGGCUUGUCUAAGGAGGAUGUAAGCAAGCAGCUAGCUUUGCCACUAACGAACCAGCCGUCUGCAGCUGCAGAGCAGCAGCAGCAGCAGCAGCACCCGUCACCGGGAGUGCAGGACCCGCCUGCUUUGCAGCAGAAGGGGCAUGCAGCGGGCUCGGGUAACUUGUCGUUGGAGGAGUACGAGAAGCAGGCAAUGAUCGAGGUUGAAGAGAAGACCAAAAAUGGGAGGAAUUCCAACAAGCAGGGCACCGGCCAAAAGGACAAGAAUCCCAUGAAGAAGCAGGGCACCGGCAAAAAGAACAAGAAUCCCAUGAAGAAGCAGGGCACCGGCAAAAAGAACAAUCCCGUGAAGAAGCAGACCACCGGCGACAAGGACAAGCAUCAGACGAAGGCGAAGAAAGUGAUGAAAAAGCCUGCUGCUAAGAAAGCUGCAGAGGGCUACGGUUGCAAGCGAUGCCGAGGUACCGGCUGUGAUGUUUGCGAGAACCCGAACUUUGCGGGGAUGAGGCAUGACAUGAAGCAAGCAGUGAAACAGGCCAUUGCAAGUUGCACUGCCUAUGGGGCCCUUGUGCAACAACUUCCGGCGAAGUCACUGGCCGGUGCAGACCUUAACAUACCAUGCAUCAACCUGGCGAGUCUUAUUCAGGGCAUGUAUGCAGCAGGUGGUUAUUUUUACCAAAUGUUGAAUCAUGUGCACGAAGCAUCACCAUCCAGCAUAGGAUCCCCCUGGCGGGGGGUCCUUUAUUUCGAUGAAGUACACCCGGGCAAUCAGUUGUCCUCCCAAGGGCGAAAAGUCUGGGCGGUGUAUUUCUCGUUUCUGGAGCUGUCACCGAAGUUGCUUUCGAACGAGCAUCAUUGGUUUACACUGAUGGCGGUCAGAACCGAACUGGUGCAGAAGGUGUCGGCUGGUAUAGGCCAAUGUUUGAGGUUGCUGCUUGAGUCCAUGUUUGCCAACGAGUUCGGAAAUCCAGAGCAUGGCUUGGCAUUGAAGGGGCCGAGCAAAAGCAUCAGACUAUUCUUUACACUUGCUAUGACACUUCAGGACGGAAGUGCACAGAAACACACAUACUCGAACCGGCAAGAUGCCGGUUCGAGAGUUUGCAUGCUUUGUAAGAACAUCUUUUCCCUACGGUCAAAAAGCUCUGAGGAUGAUGUCAAGAUAUCGGCAAAACAUUUGACAUGGGAUGCAUGCCAUCAAGCUACAGACGAUGGGCUCUUGGAAUCGUGGGAACGAAUGGAAUCAAGACACCGGACAGAGUCCAAAAGCAAGUUCCAACAGUGGCAACAGGCUUGUGGGUGGUCUUUCUCGCCGCAUGCCCUGAUGAUGAGCACUGUUCUACGAAGUCUGAAUGUAUUGCGGCCGGCUUCGCAAUAUUGCUUUGAUUGGAUGCAUUCUUUAUGCAGCAUGGGAGUCCUCAACUGCAUAAUCCUGUGGGUGCUGGAAGCCACUGGAAAAGCUGCUACCUUUCAUGACUACUUGCAACUCUGGCAAUGGCCGAAAGCCCAGAAAGCAGCGGCACUGCACAAGCUGUUCAGCCAGGAGAAGAUGAAGGCACACAGGAAGGCAAAUUACAUCAAAUGCUCAGCCUCUGAGGUUUUAGCAAUUUCAAAGCCUUUAGCAUAUUUUUUGCAUACCUGCUGCCCCAGCCCGGAUGACACUCUUGCAAAGGAAGCUUGCUUGUCUUGGUUGGAAGUCUUGGCCAUCUUGAUAGCUUGUACACUACAACUGCCUCCAGCAGGCCUUUUGUUGCAGACUGUCGAGCGAGCAUUGUCCCUCACCGUCGCCGCCGGGUGGGGAGACCAGAUUGCUCCGAAGUUUCAUUGGUGUUUACAUUUUGAGGCAUGUCUGUCACGAUUUCGAUGCAUGCCAGCAUGCUGGACACUGGAGCGAAAACACAAAUCAGUGCGAAAAUACGGCACAGCUACCAGCAACACCACCAACUUUGAACAAGGGUUAUUGGAGGAGACAAAUGCUGAACAGCUUGCCUUGCUUUCGAGCGACACUCCAUUUCGAGCUGGCCCUCAUCUCCUGCAGCCUCACCCCGUAUCCGCCAAAGUAAUGGCACAACUUCUGCAGAGCAACAUCGUGUCUGAGAGUGAUUCCUGCAACUGCAGCAAAGAGUGCCGGCUAGCUUCUGGUGCUGUCUUGCAUACCGGUGAUGUUGUUUUGCACCAUGCAGCUGCCGACAAUGAAUCACCCAUCCCCUUUUGCUGUGGCCGACUCCAAUGGCUUAUCGAAGUGGACGGCUAUGUUGCAGGUGUUGUGUCCAGAUGCGAGUAUGUUUCCCAUGAUGCAGUGAAGCAAGUGGCCAAGUGGAGGAUUGCAGGUGAAGCCCUAUCCAUCAUGCAGGUUGAUGCUUUCCUGUGCAGUGUAGUUUACAAUAACAAUGCAGGCAUUCUCACCACCCUGCUACCCCGCCACCUGUGCAACAGCAUGGCUUGA